UAGAAGCAGAGGGGAGUAACAGAGGCCAUACUAGUUCAGUUAUGGAAGAAACAGUUGUAAUGGAUUCUUCUGUAGAAAUAGGCAGCCUAAAAAGAAGACUUCUUCAUGGAGAUGUGAAAAAGUUUGAUAAAUAUGUCAAAUUAACCAGCACCCAUGGAGUCAAACAAGUAUUCUCUGGAAAAUCAAAGAUCAGAAGAACAUUUUGGGGCAUUCUGUUUUUAGCCUCUAUAGCUGGUUGUCUCUAUGGUAUCAUCAACUCAAUUGUAUUUUUCAGUAAAAUACCAACUGCCACAACUGUAUACACAGAUCAUGUGGAAAGUUUAACAUUCCCAGCAGUAACUAUUUGCAACUUGAAUGGCUAUCGAUUAUCCGUCCUCAAUGACAAGAACUGGACUGAGUAUGUUACUGCUUCCAUUUUUCAAAGCAGAGAGGGAUGUAACAUAACCGCUGAUGCUGUAACCACCACUGGAGAGAGUUUGUCAACUGUUAUCCAUCAAGUUAGCCAACCUUUGAAGGAUUUGAUUGUUAAGUGUUCCUUUAUGGGUGAACCGUGUGAUUUAGACUCUGUGUUCACACCCUAUGCUACUCCAACUGGCACUUGUUACAUUUUCAAUGAAAGAAAUUUGUCGAAUGAACUCUUGAGCGUAACUGGGAGUGGGUUUCGACAUUCUUUGCAACUAGUUUUAAACAUACAACAAGAAGAUUAUUCUGGCUCAGCUUACCAUGAAGCCGGAGCCUUGGUCAGCGUCCAUGAGCAAGGAACAUCUCCACUUGUAUGGGAGAGCGGAGUUGCUGUACCGGUCGGCCACAGUGCCUACUUAAGUGUUACUCAAAAUCAGAUUGAAGACAAAACGAAUCGAAAUACGUUUGAUAAUGGUGACUGUUUAAAUGACCCUCCUUCUCUUGAGUUUCUGAAGACAUACAAGUAUUCCUAUAGAGCCUGUCGUGCUGAUUGUAUAUUAAUGCAAAUUGCAGGCAAAUGUAACUGCUCUUUGUCAUUGGUAUCUGGUCAGGAGCACAUCAACUAUACUGACUGUACUCUGUCUGAUUUAUGCUGCAUAUUCAGCGUCGUCAAAUUCUAUUCAAACUGUUCCUGUAAUGUACUAUGUAGUCACGCAUCAUUUGAUGUGACUCCAAGCUAUUCAUCUUUUCCAGCAGUGGACAAAGCUAUGAACGAAUACAAUUUCUCUUCUGUGGAGAAUGUGAUGAACAAUUUGCUCCAAAUUCGAGUAUUUUUUGGAGGGCUUUCAAUUCACCGAGAGACUACCGAGAGAUCUUAUACUCUAACUGAACUUAUUUCUAAUAUAGGGGGAAGUAUGGGAAUAUUUCUUGGUGCUAGUAUCAUCUCUUUGACUGAAUUUCUUGUCCUCAUAAUAGACGAAAUCAAGGACAGGCUAUGCGGAGUCAGAGAGAGAAAUAUUAAACAGGUGUGGCGUACGUAUAAACUCAAGACUGCCUUGGCUACUCAUCCCAGUGCUAAAAGUGAUAACUUUGAUGCAGGAUACAAUGUAUACUUAGAGAACUCUAGUAUGGACAGUAGCCCUACAAGUAGCACAGAGGAAGAACCCAUUGUCAUGUGAUACAUUCUUGUACUACUAUAUCGUAUUUCGUAUUUGGCAUCAAUCAUAAUUAUCUGUUGAACAUG